UAUAGAAAGUGGGUUUAUUAUUUGUGAGGCUGGAGGUGUGUAAGGAACGAGUCUCUGGCUCCGGCUGUACACACUGUCACUGAACUGGAUGGACGUCUGAGACAUCCUAAAUAACAAUAAAUAUGGCCAACUUAGCGGUCCAGGACUUGAAAACUUUGGAUAUAAGCAAAUUAACAGCACUUUCACAUGAGGUGAUCAGUCGGCAGGCAACCAUCAACAUUGGCACCAUAGGUCAUGUGGCUCAUGGCAAGUCAACAGUAGUUAAGGCAAUAUCAGGAGUGCAGACUGUCAGAUUCAAGAAUGAGUUAGAAAGGAACAUUACUAUCAAAUUAGGGUAUGCCAAUGCUAAAAUCUACAAAUGUGAUAAUGCAAAGUGUCCACGGCCAUCUUGUUUCAUAUCUGCCAGCUCUCAUAAGGAAGAUUCCUUCCCCUGUGCUAGGUCUAAUUGCUCUGGAAAAUUUCGGAUAGUGAGGCAUGUCUCCUUUGUAGAUUGUCCAGGUCAUGACAUUUUGAUGGCCACUAUGUUGAAUGGUGCAGCUGUAAUGGAUGCUGCCCUCUUACUAAUAGCUGCAAAUGAGACUUGUCCACAACCUCAAACCUCAGAGCACUUGGCAGCCAUUGAGAUCAUGAAGCUCAAACAUAUCCUUAUUCUCCAAAAUAAAAUUGAUCUCUGUAGAGAGUCACAGCUGCGGGAACAGUAUGACCAAAUUCUUAGAUUUAUUCAAGGCACGGUAGCAGAAGGAGCACCAGUUAUUCCCAUUUCUGCACAACUCAAGUUAAACAUUGAUGUGGUGUGUGAGUACAUCAUGAAGAAGAUUCCAAUACCAGAUCGUGACUUUAUGAGAGAGCCACGACUCAUUGUCAUUAGGUCUUUUGAUGUAAACAAACCUGGCUGUGAGGUGGAGGAUUUGAAGGGUGGUGUGGCCGGUGGCUCCAUUUUGAGAGGAGUUCUGAAGAUUGGCCAAGAGAUAGAGGUGCGACCAGGAAUCAUAUCACGUGAUCCAGAGUCUGGGCGAGUUGUUUGUAAGCCAAUCAGAUCUAGAAUCAUAUCCCUCUUUGCUGAGACUAAUGAACUACAGUUUGCUGUUCCUGGUGGUCUAAUUGGUGUUGGCACGAAGAUAGACCCAACCCUCUGUCGAGCAGAUCGUAUGGUGGGACAAGUGCUUGGAGCUAUAGGUUCCCUUCCUGAGAUCUUCACGGAACUUGAGAUAUCUUACUUCCUUCUUAGGAGAUUAUUAGGUGUUCGUACAGAAGGUGACAAGAAAGGUGCCAAGGUUCAAAAGCUGACAAAGAAUGAAAUGUUAAUGGUUAACAUCGGCUCCUUGUCAACUGGUGGAAGAGUUUUAGCUGUUAAGGCAGAUUUGGCCAAAAUUACUCUAACACAGCCAGUUUGUACUGAAGAAGGAGAAAAAAUUGCACUAUCACGUAGGAUUGAUAAGCACUGGCGUUUAAUUGGCUGGGGACAAAUUCGGCGAGGUGUCACCAUAAAACCAGAGUAAUGUUAACUUAAAAUAUAUUAUUACUAAUUUAAAUGAGAUUUGAUCAAGAGAAGGCACUAUUUUUUUUUUAAGGAAAUGUCUAAUAAUUUUAUAAGAAUUCUUUCUUUUCAAACAUGUGUAUGUACUGUUACAAGCUGCCAGUAAAAUAUUUUUAAAAUUUAUAUUGGUAAAAUAGUUUAAACAGUGUUGGUCUUAUGUUAAAUCUUAAUACUGUUGAUCUGCCUUUGCAAAAAAAAAAAAAAAAAAAAAAACCCGAGUGCCUAAAUAUUGAAUAUAAUUUUACUAUUAGAUGUAUAAAAUAUAUAUAUAAAUUCUCAUGAGGUAAAGACUAAUUUCAAACUGUAUGGUACAUUUUCAUCUAGGUUUCUAAUAAAACAUUACCAGUUGUACAA